AAAUAAUCCAGUUCAGUUGUAAUAUAAAAUCAAGACAUUUUUAAAUAAAAUAGUAUUUGCUUAUUUUAUAAUAGCUGUUGCUGUUGAAAAAGAGAUAAUUUGUAGAUUUUUAUGCGUUGAAUUGGGCCGUGUAGUGCUCGCAAAACAAAAAAUAAAGAAAGAGAGUGUAGCUAUUAAACAAUGGUUUCUUUGUAAAGGACCAUGAAUAUGAAAAUGUCUGUGGUCAUUGACAUGAUCAAAGGGAUAUAAAAGCUGGCUUUGUUCCCAUAGUAAUGUGUCACUUAGCUGAACUAUUCGAAUAGAAAUUACAUGGUAAAUCAGUAUUUUACAUAAUGGAACGGAAAGAGCAAAACGUGAAACCAUAAAGACGUAAACUUCGAUUAAAUAUAAUAUUUUAUUGGAUACAGCUUAUUUUAAACUAUGAAUGCGAUUGGUGUAUGUUAUCUCUGCUUUCCCUUUGUUAUUUUAAACCUUUCGACAAUACUUGGGUUUUACUACGAUGAGACUGUAUCCUACAACGACUUUGGAGCCGGUGAUGGAUGUGAUUCUGUGCAUUGGAAGUUCAUAAUGCCUGCAACCUGUCCUGCUCUAUCGAAAUAUUUCCCUUCUGGCAAGUUACUAUACCAGGUUGUUAUAGACGCUGGAAGUACUGGCAGUAGGAUUCAUAUAUUUAGAUUCAGUCAUACAUUAAGAGGAAUCAAAUUAGAAAAUUCAGACUUUGAGGAAAUUGAGCCAGGAUUGUCCUACUAUUCAACUAAGCCCGAGAAGGGGGUGUACUCUGUCAGUGGUCUCUUAAGAAAAGCAUUAGAUGUUGUACCAAAGAAUAAAUGGAGGUCUACACCUGUCUCUCUGAGGGCUACUGCUGGGCUUCGUCUUCUACCUGAUAGUGUGGCACAUAAUAUUAUUGAAGAGGUGCGAAAAUUAUUGAUUGUGUCACCAUUUAAAAAAAGUGACUCUGAUUUCAUCUCAAUCAUGAAUGGAGAUGAUGAAGGUAUUUUUGCAUGGACAUCAUUAAACUUCCUGACAGGUAAUCUUGUCAAGUCAGGUGAAACACUGGGUGCUCUGGAUCUUGGAGGUGGAUCAGCACAGAUUGUGUUCAAACCAAUGUCAAAGGAGACGAUUCUAUCAAGUCCAGAGACACAUGUGAAUACAGUUAAAAUAUUGGGGACUGAGCAUGAUUUAUACUCCUACAGUUAUCUUGGUUUAGGCCUGAUGUCUGCAAGACUAGCUGUGCUGAAUUUUACUGUUUCUGCCAAUAACAAAAAUGGUAGUAUCAGCUCAAGUCCAUGUUUAUUGCCAUCGUACUAUGGAACUUGGUCCUUUUCUGGGAAUGACUAUGUUGUCCAGGGCAAUAUGUCAUUCAGCUAUGAAAACUGCCUACAUUACGUUGAGAAGAUUGUUACAAAUGUUCAUCAACCAGCUGAAAUUGUGAAGAGAAAAUUUUUUGCAUUUUCAUAUUUUUAUGACAUUGCAGUAUCUCUUGGCCUAGUAGAUGAGGCUAAUGGUGGAUUACUUUCACUUGAAAGAUAUAUACAAGCUGCUAAGAAAGUGUGUUUGAUGGGAAGUUAUGAAAAACUGGACAAGUCCCCAUUCCUUUGUCUUGAUGCAGUCUACAUAACAACUUUACUAAGAAAAGGAUAUGGCUUUCAUAAUUCACAAUUUCUACAGAUUGCAAGAAAAAUCAAUAAUGUAGAAGUGAGUUGGGCACUUGGGGCAGCUUUACAUAUGCUUGAAGAAUAUGCAUAAUAUUGAGAAUGGCUUGAAAAAUGCAGUUGCUUUGGAAUAAUGCCUUAGAGAAGGCCACUUCAAGGUAAAGUCCAGGGAGAGUGAUGGUGAUAUACCCAGCACUUAUAAACAUUCGGGAAUAUUAAAGUGCAAGACUUUUUGUCUUCUAACAUAAUGGUUCCUGGCAUUCAAUGUGAUUUUAACUUAGAGAAGGUGUAACAGUGGAACCAAUAGACUUUUUUCAUGACGUCAAACGCGGAAAGUAUGAUGUUAUACAAAGUUUAAUUGGCUCAAUAGUUUUGUGGAGCCAAUAAAAUUUUGUGUAACAUCAGACUUUUCACGUUUGACUCAUUAUAAGAAAGGUCUAUUCAGAUAUUUAUGUUUGCCACUUGGUACAUUCCACAAUAGGUUGAAAUGUACUGCAAUUGCUAGUAUCUGUAAUAUAUUUUAUAAAGCAAAUUAUCAAA